AUGCACAACAAGAUUCCGACAGACGAUAACUUGUCACUUCGUGGUCUUUCUUUUCCUUCUAUACGCAACCUCUGUAAGUCUCAAUGCGAAUCCUCCGCUUAUCUAUUUUUUGAUUGUUUGUUUGUCUGCAAUAUUUGGAAUUGGCUUAAAGAUAUGUUGGGCAUUCAGUUUGAUAUUAGGAAGGUGUUAUCUUUGAAUUGGUCUUCUCAGGCUGAAACUGUUGUGUCUGCAAGUGUGGGCAAUGUUUUCUUUCAGGUUUGGAAAGCUCGUAAUCUGUCCAGAUUCAAGGAUAAAAAUAUUUUGUGGAAAUCCCGUGUUAAUUAUGUAGCUCCCAAUGCCGAGUUUGUGGGAAAUCUAACCAGUAAAUGCUCCAAUGCAGCCAUCAAAAAAUUUAUUUUGUUAAAAAACUUUGAUAUAACAAUUCAUCCGUCUAUUGUCGUGCGGCCUGCUGAUGUGGUGUGGUCUCCUCCUCCGAUUGGUUGGAUAAAGUGUAAUGUUAAUGGCAUCGCUACGGUGUUUGCUGAGUUUAAUGCUGUGAAAAUUGCCAUUAAGAAAGCCAAAGAGUUGGGUUGGAAGAAGUUGUGGAUUAAAGCUGAUUGUUUGCUGGUGGUCAACUCGUUUUCUAAUCCGAACCUUGUGCCUUGGAUUCUCAAAGCUCGUUGGGAUGUGCUUAGGGAAUUCUUACUUGACAAGGAAGCGAAGUCAUGUUUUAAUAAUACUGUGGAUCAACUCAAGGUAGUAGCUCUCGAGCAUGAGGUCUCUACCAUGAGGAUAUGGUUUUUGCAUCAAGUGGUGGACAGUCGGGUUGUUGCUUCAGAGUUCUUUAACCUCGACGAAGAAGAAUAG